GCAUUCCGAACUUUGGGUGGAUUUCCAUGACCUCAAAAUCCAUCGACAGCCUGCUGCAGGGUGUGAUCGCGGCUUGUGCUGUCUCUAUCCUCAACCGUUUGCUGCGGAUUCACCUUCACAUCCAGGGCUUGAAUGAACCUACCCGAGCUGGGGUCAGAGCUGCAAAAUUGAAUUCCCGGCAACAAAUUCUGGAUUCUCUAUAUUUUUGCAUCCUGACUGUCCUGUUCUCUGUUGUGGGAUACAGAGUAUCUUCCCUGAUAGUACUCGAAUUCUCCCUUCGAAUCAUUUCUACGCUACUUUCCAACAAAGAUGGAACCUCCAGGACACAGACCUUCCUAUUGUGCCAGUUCUCUGUGGGUUGUGGAAUGACAACCAGCCUGAGCUUCCUGAAUGAUGGAGCUCCUCACUCGACGCUAAGCUUGGUGCUUAGUGCUAGCCUCGCCAGCCUCCUCAUGUGGUAUGUUUGGAAACUGGCAAAGCACAUCAACACAAUGUAUGAAUUACACAGUAAGGAGCGAUACUGUGGGGUGUGCAUCCUGCUCCUGACCACCUGGCAUCAGAUUCCUAGGCUGCUGUGCAAUGCCUUGAAGGUUGUGUUCAUCGUGGCAGAUACAGCAGCCAUCUUCCUCAUUAACAGCGACUUCAUCACUACAUCCGAGGCAAUAAGAUUUUGGACUCCCCUUACCAUCUGCUACACAUUGCUGAUUAUUUACAUGCAAGAGGAGCAGAAGCAGAAUCCAACUGAGCAAACUGUCUAUCAGACAGUGGGUGUGAGGAUGGGUGGGCUGCUGAUUUUGACCCUGACUAUUGGGAAGUGGAUGGAUGUGUUGCAUGUGAUCUUAUCACUGAUCGGAGAGCUGUUAUGUCUUCUUCAAGCAGGGCAAAUGCGGGAGGCCUGCAGACAACAGGAUUCCUCAGGAGCCAAUCACAGUACCACAGCCUUCAGUACCACAAUAAGAUCAACCCAGCAGCGUGCACAGCAGAGGUCAAGAGCAUCUGACACAUAACCUGUGGGUGACUAUGAAGAUGUCAGCUGAAUGAGAAAUGGACCCAGAUCCAGCACUCAGACUUGCUGAUUUAGCAGCCUGCUGCAGCUUGAUCAAUUCUGAGCUUCAGCUCCUUUCAAUUAAUGUUUACUUGGCUGUUUGUAGACUGUAGAGUCUUGGAGAAAGGGGAACUGGUUGCAAGCAAUCAUACUGGGAUGAUACCUUUCUCUCAAUCAUACCUUUCUCUCAAUAUUAGUGUUUGUUGCUAUGUAUAAUUGAAAACUGAAAGCAUAGCAGAAAAUGUCAGUUUUAAGAUUAUCAUUGACUCAUUAUCAUAUUACUAAUAAUAUGGGUAAUUGAGCUGGGGAGUGAGCAUUUCAUCUUCAAGCAACAUUUCAAAGCCCCAGUUGGUCACAAAUGGCCAACUCACGCUGUUUACUGCUUAAUUAUUAAAUCUGACAACCACCCCAGACCCCUUCUUCACCUACAUGCUCUGUGGGUGAUGGCUGUGAUAAUAAAAUGAGAAGAUACCAUGUCUGGUCCUUUGAUUUUGCAGUAAGCAUCGACCUGAGUGGGAGCAGUGCUAAAGGUACUACAAUGAACAUAAGCAUCCAGAGGCAGAAAAGGAAAAAAAAAUUGCCAGAAAUCACUGCUCAAAAAUGAGGUGAAGGAUUGGUUUCAGUUUUAAUUUUCCCAAGAGUCAAACACUCUGCUGAUACUCAAUAUCUAGGUCGGGGGGGUGUGAUACUGGAGGUGUAGGAAGUGGAAAAUUGGAUGAAAAGGUUACGAACUCAGUAAUAUGGCACCUAUAAGUGAUUUAAAGUGAAUUAGUCUAGUUACCUGGCCAUUAGUUGUUUGUGUCUAUUCCCAGUUUGCAUCAGGAAUAUUUUGUAUAAAGUUAAUGAAAGUGUAUCAGUGGAUACUGUCAGAUGACUGCAUUGUCAGUGGAAUUGCACUAGUAUGCUGCUGCGAAUGGAUGCACCCCUGUGGGAUGGCUACAAUACUAUGCAUAUCCCAGAAGGCUCUUUGACCCUGGAACCUAGGUGACUGCCAAUCUGUGCAUCCAAGAAUUUGGCAGCUUUGUAAAUGCUGAGUUUUACUUUAUUCUGUGGAAACUCAGUUGUAUUUGUGAAAUAAAACAAAGAACACUGGAUGGUGGAGCUCUGAAACAAAUAUGGAAAUUGCAGCAAAUUGUGGGGAGAAAGCAGAAUUAACAUUUUGAGUUCUGAUGAAGACUCACCGAACCCAAGACGAUGCUGAAUUUCGCCAGCAAUUUCUGUUUCUGUUUCUGGGUAUUUGUGACUCUUUUUUGCAGACUAACUUUCAGCAACCCGAUUGGAUUCUACAAGACACAGGAUGAAAAUCAGAAUGUGUUAAAGAAUUGCAUUUUCCUAAUGACAUUAGGGAAGGUGUGGAUUUUCCAGCAGGAAUCGCUCGUAAUUAUGUCAUCUGUCCACUGGAUGGCAGGGUUAAUUCAGUUCAGUUUAUUUUGUUAGAAUAUUAUUUGUCACAUUUCCAAUUUCCUUCACUGCCCCCCCUCUCUUUCAGAACCUGCUGUAGAAAUACUGGGACAAGAUAGGACUUGACACUGAAUGCAGAAGAGAUAUUAAUUGUUCAUGGAAAUGUAAUGUUGCUGCAUUUCCUGUAGACUUGUCUGCAAUGUACACAUGGAGAAGGAAAGAAUGCCCAGGCAAAGUUCCAUCUCCAAAUUCAAUGAAAUAAAAGCAGAAACUCCUAAGCAACAUAACAGAUUUUCAGCUGAAGGGAAAUCAAGCAAUCAAACAGUAUUAUGUUUUUAUUGGAAUCCUGCAUUGAUAAAAUGUCCUUAUUCUUUCAGAUGCCAGCAUAUACAGUAUAAGAUUCUCAAGGUUCAUCUAUUCCUUUUUAUCUGUUACAGCCCUAAUAGCAUAAGAAUUCACUCCACUAAAAUCUUACAUAAAUAAAUGAGUGUGAUAACACA